GCACCAGGCUGCAGCAGUGGGAGGAGGCAGCUUUAGGAUUAUCUGGGGUCUUUGCCAGGGCGGUAGAACAGAGUUUUGAACCGCUGUGGCGCACAGUGACAUAACAGUUUGGUGUUUUCACCGCUGUGGACAAGCCGCUAAAAAGUUACCACGGAUUAAAUAUCUGCUACUGACAGGAAGAGGAAUACACUUGGAGCGAUGCGUAAAAUCAGUUUUAUCCUCCGCCACUCCGAUUUUGCGAGUUUGCAGGAUGUUUCUGAGAUGGCCUGAACUUUUUUUUCGUUGUGUGGAGACGUAACCGUCCUACGCUGUAAGAUUCACAGGGAACAGACUGAGUCGGAGCAGGAGAGCUGGGAGCAUGCACCGUGUAGAAACAAACUCGGGGUGAUCCCAGUCUGGACUCCCUGCCUUUGUUUUCCUCUCUGGCCGGGGUCGGGGAGGAGAUGAGUGCUCGGGAUGGGACUGUGCCUCGGUACCGAAGUUACAGAGGAGGAGAAGAAGGCGAGGAUACACAGUGCCAAAAUAGACAGAGACCUGUACGAGUACGCCAAGCGGGAGAUGAACGUGGUUAAAAUACUCUUACUAGGUGCAGCAGAGAGUGGUAAAAGCACUUUGGUCAAACAGAUGAAGAUCAUCCACAGUAAUGGAUUCACCAAACAAGAGCUAACCAGCUUCAAGCCUGCAGUUCUGGAUAACCUCCUGACCUCCAUGAAGUUCGUCCUCCAUGGCAUGGGCGUUCUCCGGAUCAAUCUGGCUAACAGCAGGAACAAGGUCCACGCCCAUUCUGUCCUGUCAUGUGGGCGGUGUUUUGACGAAGAGCAGGUGCUGUUUCCUUUCCUGAGCCACGCCCUGUACUGUCUGUGGGCCGACCAGGGGGUGAGGGCUGCGGUGGCCCGUGGAUAUGAGUACGAGCUUAAUGACUCAGCGCUGUAUUUCUUUGAGAACAUGGCCCGCAUCACGUCUCCAGACUACGUGCCCACAGAGACCGACGUUCUGCGAGUACGACUGAGGACAACCGGCGUCAUAGAGACCCAGUUUAAAGUCAACCACCUCAUUUUCAGGAUGUACGAUGUUGGAGGUCAGAGAACUGAGCGGAGGAAGUGGAUCAGUUGUUUCGAGGAUGUCAGGGCGGUGCUGUUCGUGGUGUCGCUCAGUGGUUACGACAUGACUCUGGUGGAGGACCCCUCCAUGAAUCGUCUGCAAGAGAGUAUGAAGCUCUUCUCCUCCAUCUGCAACAAUGUCUUUUUCCGCAGCACAUCCAUGAUUUUAUUCAUGAACAAGAUAGACCUUUUCCAAGACAAGAUUUUACACUCUGGGCGACAUCUGCGGUUAUACCUGCCGCAGUUUAAAGGUGCAGACUGUGAUGUGGAUUCGGCGGCCCGCUUUAUCGCUGCCACCUUCGUUUCUCUCAACGCUAUGCCCAGCAAACUCAUCUACCACCACUUCACCACUGCGACCGACACCACCAACAUCCAGGUCGUCUUCCAGGUGGUUAUGGACACAAUAAUCAAAGAGAACCUGGAGGCAGUGUCACUUUUGUAACUGCUACUCUGGACUGGACAGUCAGUCUUUGGAUGUGUCGUUUUAAAAGACAAAACAAAAAGGCAUCAAACAGAACAUCAUCUCAUCCAGGUAUAUUGUCUGUUUGCUCUCUUUAGUAACAGCCUGGGAGCUCUGAUGCUCUUUGCUGCAUUUCAUCCUCUGUGAUGCUUGAUUUCAUGUAGCUUUGAAAAGAAUAUGGAAACACAUUAAAGGAGGACCACAUGGCCACAUGGGGUUAAGGCCUGAAAUAUUGACUUUUGAAACCUUGUGUUGAGAGUAAUGGGCAUUUAUAUUUUUGUACUGUACUAUGAAAUCAGACUCUGACUAGUGACGUUACACUUUUUGAAGACUUGAUAUAUAUGUGCCAUUUAUUUCCCUGUCCCCUCCUGUGUGUGUGUGUGUGUGUGUGUGUGUGUGUGUGUGUGUGUGUGUGUGUGUGUGUGUGUGUGUGUGUGUGUGUGGGCAGGACACAAGAAAGGGUGAGGAUUUACUGUUUGUCCGUUACUUCCUCGGUGCAGGGUUCACUCAUGCAUACCACGGUGUGUUUUCCGCUCAUUCAUCAGUCGUGUCUCUCCUCUGUGCACCUACCAUGUGCGUCACACCCUCCUAAUGAGGCACUGAUCACUGUAAAAGCACCAUAGUCUGUGUUUACUCUUCCUCAGCUGAGAUCAUCCACGCACGUUCAUUUUAAUCUGUGCUUUCACUCAUUCCCCUGACUCCCAGUCAGUGACGAUGCCAAGAAACUUUAAUAUUGGAAAUGGGAAUACUGUGUGUUUGGAAAAAAACAACAACAACCCUAAAGCCUCUAACUUGUGUUUCAUUUCCUCAUGUUGGCCUCUGAUGAUUAUUGUUGCAAUAUCUGACGCACACUAAACCCCGAUUUGUCAAGCAGGAUGAUGCCUCCUCUAUGUGAUUUGUGUGACAUUAACUCUGCUGGGGUCUUGCUGUUUUGAAGGCUUCCCCUGAGCGACUGACUGUGCUAUCACACCAGCUCCUCUCUGACUCCAGUAAUAAACAAGAUAAGGUAAUGAAUGAUGAGGUCUGAUAUGGAUACUGAAGGUGAAAGAGAGGCGGAAACAAACACCCCCAAGUGCCUUAUGAUGAAGUUUUCUGUUGUGUAAUUAAAAUGCUCCAUACAUGUAUGAGCUUUCUACAUGUGUAUUUCUCUUUCACUCUUUCUAUUUCCAGAAUAAAUCAUUGUAUUUCAUACUGUAUCUUUAAUAGACCACAUUUACACACUGUUAUUUUAUAGAUUGUGUUGUGAUAUCUAUGGAGACAACAAUGUAAGUCACAAAUCAAGGCAAGUUGUUUCCUUUUUCAUGCUGCUCUAGUUGAAUAUAGGUAGUUGCAGCCCUUGCUUCUUGUGCUUGUCUGUGAGCUAAUACAAUGAAAGAGACGCAAAGUGAGCCUAUGUGAAGAAUAUAGACAAAUCUAGGACACACAACAAGUUACCAGUGUUUGUUCAUUUUAAUAGAUAAAAUAAAUAAAAGUACUUUCCAGGAAA